AUGAGGUUGAUUGGGAAGCGAAAUGGUGAUGCUCGGACAUACAACUUACCCACUGUAUCAGAGGUAGCUACUCUAAUCGUUGGUGAUCUAGAUCCAACUAUGGGUCAAAGGGAUAUUUUGGUCGAGACUAAUACCGGUGGGCUAAAGAGGAUAAAUGAGCUAAAUUCCGCAUAUCUCCCGUUGCAAUAUCCUAUUCUGUUCCCAUACGGCGAAGAUGGCUAUAGAGAGGAUAUUCAAUUCAAUACAAGUCAAAACCAACAAAGUGGGGGUAGAGUGCGUGUAUCACAGCGUGAGUUCUUCGCUUAUAGGAUACAUGAUAGGUUUAAUGAAGUAUCUACAAUGCUAUAUGCAAGGAGACUUUUUCAACAAUUUCUGAUAGAUGCCUACACCAUGGUUAAAUCGAGCAAGCUUCUAUAUAUUAGAAAUAAUCAAAAGGCUUUGAGAUGUGAAGCUUAUAAAGGUCUUUUAGAUGCUUUAACCAGAGGAGAAGUUGAUACUAGCAAACAAGCUGAAACAAUGGACAAAAUUUCAACAGAAAUACCUGACAAAGAGGUUGACAUUGAUUACUACAAAGCUGUGGAAGAAUUUAUGAUUCACGGACCCUGUGGAAUAGAAAGGCCUAAAUCUCCAUGCAUGGUGAACAAGAGGUGUUCAAAACAUUUCCCGAAGAAAUUUUUAUAUGUAUCCACUUGGGAUGAUGAUGGGUAUCCAAUAUACCAGCGUCGUGACAAUGGUAGAACUGUGGAGAAGAAUGGUGUGCAAUUGGAUAAAAGAUACAUUGUACCACAUAAUAGAUACCUGCUUCUCAAGUAUAAGGCCCACAUCAACGUUGAAUGGUGUAACCAAUCUAGGUCAAUCAAAUAUUUUUUUAAGUAUGUGAACAAGGGUAAUGACAGGGUCACGACAGAGUUCUACAAUAGCACGACUGAUGAUUGGUCAAAUGAUGUUGUAGAUGAAAUCAGCAUGUAUUAUGACUGCAGGUAUGUUUCAGCAUGCAAGGCUGCUUGGCAACUCCUAAGCUUCGAUGUUCAAUUUAGGCACCCUCCAGUGGAAAGGUUAAGUUUCCAUCUACUAGAUUGUCAGUCUGUUGUGUUCGAGGAUGAUGAUCGUAUAGAAAAUGUUCUAAAUCGACCCACAGUAAAUCUAAGCAUGUUCACUGUAUGGUUUGAUGCGAACAAGAAAUAUGAUUUGGCUAAGGAGUUGCCUUAUAUUGACAUGCCGACCAAGUUUGUGUGGAAGAAGGAUAUUAGAGAGUGGCAUCCAAGGCAAAUGGGGCUCGCAAUUGGACGAAUUUUUUAUGUACCUCCGAGAAGUGGUGAAAUAUAUUACUUGAGAUGUCUACUAAAUGUACUUAGAGGUCCUACUAAUUUUGAAGACAUCAAGUCAUAUAAGGGUGUCAUAUAUCCCACUUUUAGAGAUGCAUGCUAUGCAAGAGGCUUGUUAGAUGAUGAUAAGGAAUACAUUGACGCGAUUAAUGAAGCCAGUCAUUGGUCUACGACACGAUCACUGAGGAAAUUGUUUGUCAUAUUACUUACAUCGAACUUGGUGAACUGCUUGAAAAAUGUGUGGAAUGAAGUGUGGCAUCACCUAUCAGACGAUGUACAAUUUAACAAACGGAAAGUGUUGCAAGAAAAAGAUUUGUGUUUGUCUGAUGAUGAGAAGAAAAAUUUGUCCUUGAUUGAAAUAGAGCGGUUGCUACAGUUGUACAACAAGAACUUGAAAGAUUAUCCUCAAAUGCCUAUUCCAAACUACGAUGAUGCAAUGCGUUGUGAUAAUCGUAUGUUGCUUGAUGAGCUAGCUUAUGGUCGUGAUGCAUUACUAGAGCAGAGUGAAUCAAUGGAAAUGCAAAUGACUGAUGAGCAAUCUGUUGUUUACCAUGUUGUACUAAAUGUCAUAAAACAGCAGAAGGGUGGUUUGUACUUUGUAUAUGGUUAUGGUGGUACCGGUAAAACAUUUCUUUGGAAAACGUUAUCAGCAAAGAUACGGUUUGAGGGAGAGAUCGUCAUCAACGUUGCGUCUUUGUUAUUGCCGGGAGGUCGAACUGCACAUUCAAGGUUCGCAAUACCAAUUAGUGUUACGGAGGAUUCCACGUGUAACAUCAAUCAAGGCAGCCAACUAGCAGAACUAAUUGUCAAAUGCAAACUUAUAAUUUGGGACGAAGUACCAAUGAUGCACAAACACUGCUUCGAGACACUAGAUAGAACAUUGCGUGAUCUCUUGCGUUUUAGUGAUCCUCAUAGUGGCAGUAAAACUUUUGGUGGUAAGACUGUGGUUUUGGAAGGGGAUUUCAGACAAAUAUUACCAGUCAUCCCUAAAGGUUUAAGACAAAAUAUUGUUUCAGCUUAA